AUGCAGUCAGGAAAAUGUUCGCUGUCCACUGACCGUAGACACGUAAAGCUGCUGGGGCGUGAGGAGCUCGUGCAGGCGCAAGGAGAGAUCGAAGCAGGGCUCCGAUGUCAUCCCGAUGCGGAGGUGCGCUACUUUGGCUCCAGCCGGCAAGCUCCCCGGGUGACGUUUUAUCGGGAUUCGGCCGCGCUCUGUCCACGCUGCCAGGCCGUUUGGCUGCUUCUCGAAGCCAAACGUAUCGACUACGUCGUAGUCAAGGAGAACCUUCCUGCCUACGGGGAGAGAAGCGAGGCCUUUCAAAGGAAGGUUCCUCGUGGCGCUCUUCCUGCUGUGGAGGUGGAUGGUCGAUGGGCCACUGACAGCCUCGAUGCCAUGUUCCUCUUGGAGCGAGUCUUUCCGAACCCGGAGAAGCCGAUGAUUCCUGGCUUCUCGCGACUGCGGGGGCGGGCCAUCGAGCUGCUAGAACUGCAGCGCGCGGUUCACUCAGCCUGGUGCAACUACCUCUUCCGCGCUGAGAUGUCCUUCUUCAACGAGCCAGCUGUGGAUUUUGCAGCCGCCUUGGGACAGGUCCAAACAGCCUUGGAGAGAAAUUCAGACACCCCGUGGUUCCUGCCUUACGAGCAUCCGACGAUCGUGGACAUCCAGUAUGUCUGCAUGGUGGAAAGAGUGGUGGCCAGCGCCUUCUUCUACAAGGGAAUGGAUGUCCGCGCGGACUUUCCAGCCAUCGACCGGUGGCUGCAGGCUUUCGAGGAGAUUCCAUGGUACUUGGCCACGCGGGGAGACUUCUACAGUUUGUGCAUGGCCCUGGAGCCAGCCUUCGGAGCACCGCAGCCGAGCCCGAUGCGCAAAGUGGACCUGGACAAGUGGAGGCAGCUACUGCCAGAGAACUAUCGGCUGCCCUUUGCUUUGAGGCGUGACGUGGAGCCCCUGACAAAGGCAGAGGCCUCCUCGAUCCUGCGGCGCCCCUUCGUGGAGGCAGCUUGGAAGUUGGUGCAAAACCACGACAAGGUGGCGCGGUAUUGCUGCCGAGCCAUGGGUGGCGAGGUGGGCGCCUUCGCCUGGCAAGCUCCCACGCGCUCUCGGCUCGCGGAUCCUCAGGCAGCCAUCGUCGAGGGCAUACUGGAGCCGCUGGAUGCGCUCCUGUGCAGUGUCGCAGAGAUGCUCUUCCAAGAGGCGCCGGUGGAGGACCUGAGGUUGCGAAUGCAACAGCGGGUGCAGGCCUACGGCAUUCCAGAAAAGCUACGGCCACGCCUGGCAUCCUGCUUGGCGUACCUGCGCGAUCGUAUUGGCGUUCCUCGUGAUCUCCCACUUCCGGCGGCAAAGAUGUUGAGAGCAUACGUGUCUGAAGCGUACACAAUACUGAGGCGUUGUGCAAAGCCGGAGAACCCAGACACGAGCCAUUUUCGGCAGACGCACGAAGGAAGAAGGAACGAAGCACCAAGUAUGGCCUUCAAAGUCACACUGCUGCAUGUUGCUGUCCUGGUUCUGGCCGGCAUUCGCUUCCCUGGACUCCGAAUCUGUGCCGUGCUCUUCGUCAUGCAGCUGGGAGGCGCGGCAAGUUCACCGAGUGAGGAUGCUGCCUUUGCAUUUCACAUCCCAGACUUGGAGCACAUCAAGGAAGCCUUUGAAUCCCUGGACCCAGACAGCAACAAGUCCUAUGAGACGCAGGCGCAGGAGUCCAUCGCAAAGCUGGUGAACUCCGUGAAGCGCCCCGUUCCCGAGGAGGUGAAAGAGGAGUCCAAAUCGUUUCUGGCAAAAGGCCAAACUUGCAAGAGGAAAUGUGAGAAAGAAAUGAAGCGGCAUUUGGGAAACACGUGCGAGCACCUCGAGUUCCGCGUGCAGGAAGCAAAGAAGGUGCAGCAUGCGCACCUCAUCGAGUCCACGGAGAACGUGCUGAAGAUCUGCAAGCAAAGUGAGAAGCACCACCAGGAGCACUGCAAGUGGCGCUGCUGGCGUGAGGUGACAGCGCGAGCCGAGAAAGUUUGCAUGACAGAUGCAGGACUUCGAAUCUCUGCCGUGCUCUUCGUCAUGCAGCUGGGAGGCGCGGCAAGUUCACCGAGCGAGGACUGGGAAGAUGCUGCCUUUGCAUUUCACAUCCCAGACUUGGAGCACAUCAAGGAAGCCUUUGAAUCCCUGGACCCAGACAGCAACAAGUCCUAUGAGACGCAGGCGCAGGAGUCCAUCGCAAAGCUGGUGAACUCCGUGAAGCGCCCCGUUCCCGAGGCCGUGGCGGAAUGCGGUUCUGAGGUGAAAGAGGAGUCCAAAUCGUUUCUGGCAAAAGGCCAAACUUGCAAGAGGAAAUGUGAGAAAGAAAUGAAGCGGCAUUUGGGAAACACGUGCGAGCACCUCGAGUUCCGCGUGCAGGAAGCAAAGAAGGUGCAGCAUGCGCACCUCAUCGAGUCCACGGAGAACGUGCUGAAGAUCUGCAAGCAAAGCCGGAUGCAUUGGGCUGUUGAGCUGCUGUCGCUUGUGCAUCAUUGCCACUGUUACCUGAUUUGCCCCUCGCAGCCUGAACCGCGCAUUGCCGUCGGCACGGUGACGAGCUACGACGCUGUUAAGGGCUUCGGCUUCCUGAAAGUGGACGGCAUUCAGGGCGACGUCUUCUUCCCAAGGUCAGAGCUUCCGCCUGAGCUGAGAGAGGAGGACAAAAAGGAGAAGGUCCUCCACAAGGUCAUCGAGUUCGAGGUCAAGAAGAUGCCUGAUGGGAAGCUGCGCGCAAGGAAACUGCUCUUUUUGCACCGUGGGAAAGAAGGUCUAGGCCAGAGAACUCGAGGAAGGGUGGCCAAGUACCACCAAGACAAGGGAUACGGAUUCCUGGACUGUGAGUAUGGCGACAACGUCUUCUUCUUGCGGAGCUCCCUUCCCAAGGACUUGAACGAAGCCACCUUCGAAGAGCUGCAGCAGCUAGAGAUCUCCUUUCAGAUAUACUCCAAAGAGCAGGGCAAGCCCCGUGCACAAAACCUGGAAAUUGUCGGCAGGGAACGGAGAGAGGAGCGGCCUCAGCUACAGGGCGGUGAGGUCUUGGUGGGCGAGAUCGUGACCUUCGAGCCUGGCAAGGGCUUCGGCUUUGUCCGAUCAGAGAGCUGCGAGGAGGAUGUCUAUUUUGUUCGUGCAGAGUUGCCGCCGGAGCUCGCCGGUGCGGAGCGCAAGGAAGAGGUGGUUGGAGAGCGCGUGGAGUUCGAGGCCACCGAUAGGGUUUGGUGUGGCGUGCCAUGCGUGCCCGUCCAUCCGUCCUGUAAUUGGUAA